AUGGAGUUGGAGCCCAAAUCAGGUAAGACGGCAGUGACGAAAUCUACCACCGAUAAGGUCCCAUCGGUGAGGAGCUGUAGCACUCGGUCAUCCGCUGCAAGAAGACAGCUGGAGCUGGCUGAGGAAGAAGCCAGAUUAAAGAAAAAGGAACUGGAAGAGGAGGAAGAAUUACAGAAGCGUGAACUCGAGGAGGAACAUCGUCAGCUAGAGGAGAGGAAGAAGCUUCUGGAAGAAGAGUCGCGAUUACGACAGCGCAAGUUGGAGGCAGAAAAGGCACAUCUAGUGAAACAGCAAUCACUUCGUAGGGAGUCACUCGAAAAGAGGAACGAGAUAGUCCUGCAGAUAUCAGAACGCGGCAGUGUUGUGAGUUCCGUGCCAAACUCGCGCGAAAAGGUGUCUGAUUGGUUGAACGCACAACCCCCUUGUGGGAAGACCGGAGAGAAUGUAGUGGGGAGCCCAGUCAAUCCUCAUUCUAAACUGGUUCCUCCGGCCCCGAAGGUGUCGCAGCUCAGUCAGUAUAACCCAACGAUUGGGGAACUAUCUCACCAGAAUACACAGCAACGGUCUGAUGGACAUCCUCCUCAGGGGUUGGAUUUCGUACACAUCUCCAAUCCGAACUGUAUCAAUCUAAACACAGCAAGACCUCCUCGAUCAGCAGCCUAUCCAGUGCCGCAGUGUCGAGUUUUUCAUCCAGAAGGCGUUUCAUCGACUAUGGUCAGGGAACCAUUUCAUCGGUUCGUCUCAAAUUCGGAACCAGUCCUUCGGGGAUGUGCACCUCUCGUCGAAUCGGUACUGUAUCAGCCGUUUCCGAAACGGGAGACUCUCUCGCGUCGUGUCGCCGGUGUCACUAAUUCCGAACCGCUACUGUGUCAACGACCAGCACCCUGGUGUCAGCCCAUACAACACAGUUCCCCACUGAUUUCUGAGCCAAUCAUCCGACAGCAUUCUCGCCCAGUGGUACUUCGUCCGUCCAGGGAAGAAACUUCAAGUCAUCGCAUCCGUCAAAACGGCGAUUCAGGCGGCGAUGUGAAUAAUCACCACGGAUAUUCGUAUAGUCGCGAGUCAUCGACUGCCAGUAAUCCUCCGCUACUCCGUGAUGAGGUUGGCACUCUGAGCUCACAGCAAAUCGCUGCCCGACAGGUGGUCGGAAAGGACUUGCCCUCCUUUGGCGGGAACCCAGCAGAUUGGCCGAUGUUCAUAAGCAGCUUUGAACAGUCUACCAUUGCUUGCGGGUACUCAAACGCCGAAAAUCUCGUUCGGCUCCAACGGUGUCUCACUGGACAUGCGCGUGAUGCGGUACGUAGCAGACUGCUGUUGCCAGCCAGUGUACCACAUGUACUCGAUACUCUACGAAUGCUGUACGGACGACCUGAACUGCUAAUCAGGUCCCUUCUCGAAAGUAUUCGGAGAACACCGGGUCCUAGACACGAUCGACCAGAAUCUAUUCUGGAAUUUGGACUGGCCGUCCAAAAUUUCGUUGACCAUCUUCAGGCCGCUCAGCAGAGAGAGCACCUGUCAAAUCCUAUGCUCAUGCAGGAACUAGUGGAGAAACUACCAGGGCCCAUGAAAAUGGAAUGGGCUGCAUUCAAGAACCAGGAGAAUCCAGCAACUAUCCUAACCUUUGGAAAGUUCAUGGGAAAAUUGGUUAGCGCUGCCAGUGAAGUAAGUUUCGAACUUCCUGGUUAUCAAAAAAUCCCAAGGAACGAGAAGCUACGAGGUAAGGAGAAAACAAUGGCCGUACAAACCCAUACGUCCGGCGAUGCUCCUACGACAAAACAAGUGGCGCAGGUAGGGAAUUCCCGCAAACCGGUUCGAUCGUGUGGAUCCUGUGGUCAGGAGGGACAUAAAAUCUUCGAAUGCAGUAAAUUCAAAAACUUGGGCCUGGAGGAACGGUGGAAGAUGGUACAAAGCAAGGGGUGGUGCAGAACUUGUUUGAACAACCACGGCAAGUGGCCAUGUAAGUCAUGGCAGGGAUGCGGAUUCGAAGGAUGUCGGCUCAAACACCACACGCUUCUUCAUUCUCCAUCCUGUCCACCGAGUUCGUCCCAUUCCGUGAACGUUUCGUCAAGCCAGUUCCCUUCCAGCGUUCAGCAGACGCUAUUCCGUGUACUGCCAGUUGUACUCUACGGGAAGGAGAAAAGUGUAACCAUAUUUGCUUUCGUCGAUGAGGGUUCACAGGUCACUAUGCUGGAAGAGAAAGUGGCUAAGGAGCUCGGUGUUACGGGUCCUAGGAAACCACUCACGCUACAAUGGACGGGGAACGUUAAGCGUGACGAGCAGAAGUCUCAGGAAAUUAACCUAGAGGUUUCUGGGAAAAACGGCAGUAACCGGUACGACCUUCGCCAGGUUCGUACGGUGAGCUGUCUAGUCUUGCCGGCUCAGCGGCUGCAGUACGGGGAGAUGUGCUCUCGCUUUCCACAUUUGAAAGGCCUCCCAAUUGAUGACUAUGAACUAGUCCAACCGAAGCUGUUGAUCGGUUUGGACAACCUCCGCCUUGUAGUUCCCCUAAAAUUGCGAGAAGGAGGGUUGUACGAUCCCAUAGCAGUUAAGUGUCGUCUCGGUUGGGGCAUAUACGGCAGUUCUCCUAAGCAACCAGUACCAAGAGCUGUGGUUAAUUUUCACACUGCAGCGGCACCCAGUCCAGAUGAUCUGCUCAACGUUCAACUACGGGAUUACUUCACGCUAGACGACUGUGGAAUCUCUGGACCAGAUUACAAACUAGAUUCGGAGGACGACAGGAGGGCCAAACAACUUCUCGCUGAGACGACUCGGCGAACAACGUCCGGAUUUGAGACAGGCCUGUUAUGGAAAGUCGAUGACCCAGACUUCCCGGACACAUACCCCAUGGCACUCCGGCGGAUGAAAUCCUUGGAGAAAAGGCUGCAGCGCGACCCAUCUUUGAUGCAGAAAGUUCAACAGCAGAUAAGCGAAUUCGAGAGGAAGGGUUACAUACAGCGGGUGUGCGAUGCAGAAAUUCCCACCAUUGAUCCUCGAAAAACCUGGUUUCUACCCUUAGGGAUCGCUAUCAAUCCUAAGAAACCAGACAAGAUUCGGCUCAUCUGGGAUGCCGCAGCAAAGGUGGGUGGGGUAUCAUUUAACUCUCACCUGCUGACAGGUCCAGAUCUCCUUACUCCACUGCCAAAAGUCCUCAGUGGGUUUCGUUUGUUUCCAGUGGCCGUUUCUGGCGAUAUCAGGGAGAUGUUUCUUCAAAUUAAACUACACGAAAAGGAUCGAAGAUCGCAAAUGUUCGUUUUCCGCAACGCACCCGAUCGUUCACCGCAAAUCUACAGUAUAAACGUCACAACUUUUGGAUCCACCUGCUCGCCAUCUUCAGCACAAUAUGUGAAGAAUUUGAACGCUGAAGAGUUUGCCCGGGAUCAUCCAAGAGCCGCCACCGCUAUUCAAGAUCACCAUUAUGUAGAUGAUUAUUUAGACAGCUUCAGGACUACUCGUGAAGCCGUAGAAGUGGUCAAUGACGUGAAAUACGUGCACUCAAAGGGAGGAUUCGAAAUACGAAACUUUCGGUCUAACGAAGAGGAGGUGCUGUGGGGAAUUGGUGAACCAAAACAAGAAGGAUCAAAGGCCCUGGCUCUUGUGCGAGCGGAAACAACUGAGUCCGUUCUCGGAAUGAAAUGGAUGCCUAGCAACGAUGUCUUCACCUAUACCUUCGCGAUGCGCCGUGACCUGCAGCCGAUUCUUGAGGACGAUCACACGCCGACAAAGCGAGAAGUUCUUAAGGUAAUAAUGAGCCUGUUCGACCCCUUAGGCUUUGUUUCGUUUUUCCUCAUACAUGGCAAAAUGAUGAUGCAGGACGUGUGGGCGACAGGAAUAGACCGGGACGAUCAAAUCAGCGAAGAACUCUAUCUCCGUUGGCGACGAUGGAUACAGUACUUUCCGCAAUUGGACACACUACGAAUACCGCGGUGCUAUUUCGGCACGCCAUUCCCGGAAAACUUCGACCGAAUUGAGCUUCACGUACUCGUUGAUGCCAGCGAUACUGCCUACGCCUGCGUGGCCUAUUACCGCUUGGAGACUGAAAGCGGAAUACGGCUGGCUUUGAUUUGCGCCAAAACCAAGGUGGCGCCAGUAAAAGUUCUGUCAGUUCCCCGCUUGGAAUUGAAAGCCGCAGUCCUUGGAUCCCGUGUUUUGGAAACAAUCCAAGGUUACCACACAUACCCGAUCAGCAGAAGAGUUCUCUGGAGCGAUUCCAGCACCGUGUUGGCCUGGAUACGAUCCGAACACCGACGUUUCAACAAAUUUGUAGCCGUGCGAGUAGGUGAGAUUCUUACAACAACCAACGCAAGGGAAUGGAGAUGGGUCCCUUCGGGAUGGAAUGUCGCUGAUAUGGGUACGAAGUGGAAAAACGGGCCAGAUUUCUCGCCUUCCAACCCAUGGUUCCACGGUCCUUCAUUCCUACAUCAACCAGAAGAAUACUGGCCUGAGCAAGUUCAGUAUACAACUACGAUCGAAGAACUGCGAGCAAGCAACACUCACAUCACUGCUACACCGUUAAUUGAUGUCUCGAGAUUCAGCAAUUGGACUCGAUUGCAGUGCGCAAUGGCCUUUGCGCUCCGAUUCAUCGACAAUGUUCGUCUCAAAAGUAAGGGUUUAACACUGCAGUUAGGAGUUCUUCAGCAGGAGGAACUCAAGCGUGCCGAGGAAACGCUCUGGAAGGUGGCACAAGCGGAAGCCUUCUCUGAAGAAAUUUCGAUCCUUUCAACAACGCAAGGGUCUCCAACAGCUCGUCAUGGACGCGUGGCGAAAUCAAGUCUAAUUUACAAAAAAUGGCCCUACCUCGAUCAGCGAGGAGUACUGCGGAUGCGGGGUCGGAUCGGAGCGGCAACCUUCGCACCAAUGGAAGCUAAGUAUCCCGCCAUCCUCCCUAGACAACACCCAAUCACAUUUCUAGUUACUGACUGGUAUCAUCGCCGCUAUCGCCAUGCCAAUCGUGAGAUCGUUACCAACGAAAUGCGCCAACGAUUUGAGGUCUCCAAACUGCGUUCGCUGGUCGAAAAAGUUUCGAAGAAGUGUAUGAUGUGCCGUGUCAAAAAAGCAAUGCCUGACCCUCCUGUAAUGGCUCCACUUCCCGAGGCCAGACUCCAGCCGUACGUACGACCAUUCACGUACGUUGGACUUGACUACUUCGGACCGGUGUUAGUCAAAGUCGGCCGUAGUCUUGUGAAAAGGUGGAUCGCACUUUUUACAUGUCUCACCGUGCGGGCGGUACACUUGGAGGUUGUUCACAGUUUGUCUACGGAAUCAUGUGUUAUGGCUGUGCGCCGUUUCAUUUCGCGACGUGGUUCACCAGCUGAGUUCCACUCGGACAAUGGAACCUGUUUUCAAGGCGCUAGCAAAGAGCUGGAUCGGGAGCAUGUACGAGCUAGAAACGACGCUUUAGCUGCAGUGUUCACGAGUACGACCACUCGAUGGCGUUUCAUUCCCCCCUCAUCGCCGCAUAUGGGAGGGGCGUGGGAAAGGUUGGUGCGAUCGGUGAAGGUGGCCAUAGGAGCUAUCAUCGAUGCCCCUCGCAGACCCGACGACGAGACGUUGGAAACAAUUUUGUUCGAAGCCGAAGCGAUGAUCAAUUCGCGACCGCUCACCUACAUCCCUCUCGAAUCCGCGGACCAAGAAGCGCUAACCCCUAACCAUUUCUUGUUAGGAUCUUCUAAUGGUUAUAAGGUACAUUCGGACGAAGUAGUCGAAGGGUCAGCGAUUCUACGGAGCAGCUGGAAGUUAGCACAGGCUAUCACCAAUGGAUUUUGGUCAAGGUGGGUUAAGGAGUAUCUUCCCGUAAUCACACGAAGGGGAAAGUGGUUCAAGGAAGCACGGGACUUAGUCGUCGGAGAUUUGGUGUUGAUAGUAGGAGGAACGGCGAGGGACCAGUGGAUCCGAGGACGUGUGAAGGAAGUGUUUCCAGGACGGGAUGGGCGAGUGAGACAAGCAUUGGUUCGAACAGCAUCAGGAAUUCUACGGAGACCAGCAACGAAGUUGGCGAUGCUCGACGUUAUGGAGGUCGGUAAACCUGGGCAUGGAGUUCCAGAAGACCAGGAGAUUCACCAGGGUUUACGGGAGGGGGGAUGUCACGACGAGCCCCCCCGUUGCAGCUCAACUGUGGCCUAG